AUGUGUACUUCUAGAAGGACAGUAGGCAAACCGAUAUUCUUUUACAGGGGUCUCACUCUGAAUGAACUAUUGCAAAUCAUUGAAGAAGAUGAUCACAAUGAAGUUGAUGACGAAAUAUCGCUUACAAUUAUGCCGCCCAAAAAUUCUUGCGAGGAAGUUACUGAUGAAGAUUCAGGCGAUGAAGAUCAUUUAGAUAUUAACAAUUUGCCUGGAUCACAACUUCUAGCCGAGGCAGAAAUUUUUGAACCUAAUGUUGAAGAAGAUGUUAAUAUUUCUUUACCAAGCGAUUCAGGUAGUGAUGAUAAUGAAGAAAAUCUGCCAUUGUCGGAUGUAAAACGUCUUCUGAAAAACUCCCAACAUAUAUAUGUGAAGAAAAAUUAUGCUUGGAGAAACCAAGACUUAACACCACCUAAUAAUAUAGAAGUUCCAAAACCACAAAUUGUUCAAAAUGAAAAUUCGGUUAUUGAAUUGUUUUCGUUAUUUUGGGGUGACGAAGUUAUAUAUUUAUUUGUCUACUAUUCUAAUAUGUACGCUACAAGCAAAAAUAGGGUUGGAAACAUAACAAAAGAAGAAAUGAAAAAUUUUUUCGCCAUCCUACUACUGUCUGGUUAUCAAAAAUUACCCAGACGUAGAAUGUAUUGGGAAAAUUCUUCUGACACGCAAAAUCAGCUUGUUAUAAAUUCGUUAUCUAGAGAUCGUUUUGAGUAUAUUUUCAGUAAUUUACAUUGCUGUGAUAACACGAAUUUAGACAAGACAGACAGAUUUGCCAAAGUACGAUUAUUGAUAAAUAAAAUGAACAGUUUAUUCCAACAGUAUGCACCAGUAACUGAAAAUCACAGUGUGGAUGAAGCCAUGGUGCCUUAUUAUGGUCGCCAUGGCUGUAAGCAAUUCAUACGUGGUAAACCCAUACGUUAUGGGUACAAAUUAUGGACAGGUUGUACCAGCAAAGGGUAUGUUAUUUGGGUAGAGCCGUACCAAGGUGCCAAAUCAGAAAUAAAGCCCUGUUAUAAGGAACUGGGUUUAGGACCAUCUGUGAUUCUGCAAUAUACCGACAUAAUCAAUUCUAUUCAAAGCUUUCCCUAUCACAUUUUUUGCGACAAUUUCUUUACGACUAUACCACUUCUGAGUGAAAUGACUAGAAGAAAUUUGAAGAUAACAGGAACCAUAAGAGAAAAUCGCACGUCAAAAUGUCCACUGGCAAAUAAAUCCCAGUUCAAGAAAAAAAGUAGAGGUUUUAUUGAAUACCAAACUAACGAAGAAAACACUGUAGUUGUUAAAUGGCAUGACAAUAACGUUGUCACUUUAGCAUCCAAUGCCUUGCCUGUUCACCCUACUCAUUCAGUUAGUCGUUAUUCUCUCAAAGAAAAAAAGAAAAUUAAGGUAGACCAACCUCAUAAUAUAUUUACUUAUAACAAAUAUAUGGGAGGCGUUGACAGGGCAGAUCAAAAUAUAAGUCUCUACAGAAUAGGUUUGAGAGGAAAGAAGUGGUACAUUCCUCUUAUAUUUCACAUGUUAAAUCUUGCGGUUCAAAAUGCAUGGUAA